CCUUCUCUCCUCCCUACCUCUUAUUUCCCUCAGUUGGCUUUUUUCCCCACCGCUCAGCAUCCUCUCCUGCGUGUAGCUGGAGCCGCAGCAGUAGAAGCAUCCAUGGCUCCAACUCUGGGCUCAGAUGGACAGCAAGCCUAACCCUACCCCCCCUCUCUCCUCUUUUUUUCCUCCUUUCUUCCUUCCAAGCUAGUUGACAGGCACCGUCUGGGAGCGUUUGAGGCUCAGCCAGGGCGUGAUCCACGCGCGCGCAGCUGCUCUGCUGAAUCUCCUCCGCGUGGCUCCUGCUUUCAUUUUAGGCUCUCUGGAAAUAGUGGAAUGAAAAUCUGCAACCAUGAUGGAAGGAUUGAAAAAACGCACCAGGAAGGCUUUUGGGAUACGAAAGAAAGAGAAGGACAACGACUCAACAGGGUCUCCAGACAGGGAAAGUGGUGAACCCCCAGAGGGUGAAUCGUCUCAGAAGAAGACAAACGGAGCCCCGAAUGGCUUCUACGGCGAUAUCGACUGGGAAAGAUAUAACUCUCCAGAGGUGGAUGAUGAAGGCUACAGUAUCAGACCUGAAGAUGAGUCUGAAGAAGGACCCUCACCUACAAAAAAGCCCCACUUCUUCUCCUCUGAUGAGUCUGAGGAGGAGGAGGACCACAAUAAGAAAUUUAAAAUCAAAAUCAAACCGCUGCCAGCUGAUUGCGUCAUAGCGGCUCCCUCGGUGGAUGAGCUCAAAGCCUCCAUAGGCAACAUCGCCCUGUCCCCAUCUCCUAUGAGGAGUCCGAGACGUAGCCCGGGUUUGAAAAGGAACACAUCGAGUGAGGAAAUUGCCAGACCGAGGCGUGGCGCUCCUGCUGCCCCCACAGUGCCCCCCACACACACUCCAGCCCCACAACCACCCAGCUCUCAGCAGACAGCAGCCUCUGAAGACACCACAGCCUUAUUUGGGCCUCCUUUGGAAACAGCCUUCGGAGAAGAGAAAACCGAAGUGGUUCUUUCUGAGCCCGAUGUGUGGGGGACUUCUCUCCCAGAGCCUGAAUCCUCUUUAACGAGGUCCUUCCCCACAGGAAGUCCUCCUCCACUUCCACCCAAGAAUGUUCCAACCUCCCCCCCAACAACCGGAGCUCCCUCUGAAGACAUCGCAGAAGCAGCAGCAGCAGAUGCCGGCAGCACAAGCAGGAAGCCGUCCAUAGCAGACCUGGACAACAUCUUUGGACCGGAGGAUGCUCCCUCUGCUGGCGAAGCAGGAGAGGAAAAGUGGGUCUGCUUCAGUGAACAUUCUCCUGCUGGACCACCUGCACCAAAGGAACCUGCACCACAGAUGCCCUCCUCCCCACCCCCACCUGAAGAACCAGCGCCUCCACCACCGGCCUCCCCACCUUCCUCUGAAUCCCCUGCUCCCCCCCUGCCUAUAUCGCUUACCUCUCUGCCAAGCUCUCUUUCUCCAAAAGAAGACUCCCCUCCUCCUCUUCCAACCUCCCCGCCUCCAUCAGAAGAGCCCGUUCUUCCUCCUGUCCGAUCAAGCCCUUCUUCACCAGAAGAUAAAAAUCCACCCACAGUUGCCAGCUUACCCUCUCCUGCAUCAAAGGAGCAGACAUCACCUCCAGCAUCCUCCCCUCCUCUUCUCAGCUCACCGGUCGGUGUCCCACCAGUCCCAGCCCCGAAGCAGGGCACCCCUGCUGUGGUGACCCCACCAUCUGAGGAACCCACUGCUUGCUCAGUCCCGCCACCUCUUGUUCUCCCUCAAGAGGAGCCGCCUAAGAACACAAACGCCUCUCAUCCCAAAGAGGAAAGAGGGGAAGAAGCAGCCACCUCUCCCAAAGAUGCCAGCCAGGGAAGUCGGAGCACACCACCACCUCCUCCACCUCCUCCAACAUACCGUGCAGUAGUGUCAUCACCGGGUCCCACAACUGGAGCAGGUGGCACAAACAGUGGUUCCUCCUCACCUGUCAGACCUUCCACUCCCUCAUCAAUCAAUCCAACCCCACCCCCACCUCCGCCUCGCCCCCCUUCGCGACCCAAGCUUCCUCCUGGAAAACCUUCUGUUGGAGAUGUGAGUCGGCCAUUCAGCCCACCAAUCCACUCAGCAAGUCCCCCUCCCAUUGCCCCGUUGGCGCGAGCCGAGAGCACCUCCUCAAUCUCCUCCACCAACUCCCUGAGUGCCGCCACCACACCAACUGUCAGCAAGGAGUUGUGUGUUUCUGUGUCAGAAGAUGAUGCUUAUGUAGACAAACUGCCCACCUUUGAGAGACACUUUGAUUCAUUUGCAGAGAAUGACCAGCCAUCCCUUGUUUGGUUUGACAGAGGGAAGUUUUAUUUAACCUUUGAAGGCUGCUCCCGAGGACCGAGUCCUCUCACCAUGGGAGCCCAGGACACACUUCCUGUUGCUGCUGCUUUCACAGAAACAGUCAAUGCCUUGUUUAAAGGAGCUGACCCCAGCAAGUGUGUUGUAAAGAUCAUAGGUGAGAUGGUUUUAUCGUUUCCGGCGGGAAUUACACGGCAUUUUGCCAAUAACCCAUCCCCUGCCGUGCUAACCUUCAGCAUAACCAACUACAGCCGACUGGAGCAUGUCCUGCCUAACCCCCAGCUGCUCUGCUGUGACACCACCACACAAGCCAAGGCUGAUGCAAAGGACUUCUGGGUUAAUAUGCCAAUCCUAAUAUCUCAUCUAAAGAAGGUGGCUGAGCAGAAGCCGCAGGCGACAUACUACAAUGUGGACAUGCUCAAGUAUCAGGUAUCAACAAAGGGCCUCCAGUCGGCUCCUCUGAACCUGGCUGUGAGCUGGAGAUGUGAGCCCACCAGCACUGACAUGAGGAUAGAUUACAAAUACAACGGGGAGGCCAUGUCCACGCCGAUUGCUCUAAACAACGUCCAGUUCCUCGUUCCAAUCGAUGGGGGCGUUUCCAAAUUACAGGCUAUCCUACCUCCUGCUGUAUGGAAUGCAGAGCAGCAGAGAAUCUUAUGGAAAAUCCCUGAUAUCUCCAAGAAAUCAGAAAACGGAGGUGUGGGGUCCUUAUUAGCACGCUUCCAGCUAACAGAGGGUCCCAGUAAACCGGCUCCACUGGCAGUGCAGUUCACCAGUGAGGGCAGCAACCUGUCAGGAUGUGACAUUGAACUGGCUGGACCAGGAUACCGCUUUUCUCUAGUUAAAAAGAGGUUUGCUGCAGGAAAAUAUCUGGCUGAAAAAUGACCCCCACCAAGAGCGGCACUGUUGAACAGAACGUCUAUCGUGGACCAAGGUUAGCAGCUUGACCGGAGGACAGACCUAAACCAGACACUCCUGUAACCCUUUUUGAACCCAAUCGACAGGUUUGCAGCCUAUCCAGCAGUAUUGUAUAACUUACGUAUAGCAUUGUGGAACUGUUUCACGUCAUGUAACUAUAGUAUUUGUACACAUCUCAUACAUAACAUUUGUGUUGCUGCAGUUAGACAGCUGGGUUCUUUCCUUCUCUAAAGUCUGUGCCUCUGUCUCCAUCCUCCUCUGGUCAGUGUCUGGUUGUGUUGUUAAAGUUUUCACUGCAGCUGCCUGACAGAAGACCUGGACAGAGUAUUUUUCCUUUGUUCUGUGACAAACUUUUCCACAAUCGUACAUCUCAGUUUACAAAGAGUAAAACCAGUACCGUACGGAGCCCCUAAAGGGACAUGGAGGGGAAAAAAAGAACUUUUGUGAGAUCCCGCAAUACUUAUGCGAGAUCC